UUACGUGUCACACAGUGUGUAGAACACAGUGUGUAUAAACGUUAGGAAAGUCUCUGUGCCUCGAUUUCGGUCAAACAAAAUGCCCCGUCGAGUACUGGAAACCUACAAAUUUGAGCCAGCCAAGCACUCAUGUCUUCGCAAGUCAAAAUUGGAUCCCAAAGGUAAAUGCGGCGCUGCCAUCAAGAAACAACCGAAGGAGCAACCUGUUGAGCAGAAGAACCCGCUGCACUUCCUCCAGCUGAAGAGCGAUGAGGAGCUCGUCGUGCAUUGGACUCGUGCUGGGGGAAGUACUUUUUCUCCCAUCAAAUUGCUGCCUCCUUGGUAGUAGUGUGUUUUGUGCAUGAAUUAUCUGUUUGCCCAGCUUUCGCGCAAUUCAUGGUAGUAUCAAGAAGAAUAUAGAUCAUAUUGGCAAGUCCAAAAGUAAACAAAA